CAGGUCGUGCGCUGGCGCCGUGGAGGCUCCUGGGAGAGUGGGUGUCCUUUGCUCUUCCGAAAUUGUGUGGGGGCUGCCAUUGACCCGAUGUCAGUGCAAAACUAAGUCGCCGAGUGGUGAUGAUGUGAAGUCGUCCUUCGGUCUCUGCCACGCCCGGGCGGUUUCUGGCAGCGGCAGCCGCGUCGGCUGCUGCUCGCAGGCUAACCGGCGCUUUACACGCUUCCCACUGCGGGAGAGCGGGUGGAGGACGGAGGACGCCGGAUGCCGGGCCAAUCCUGUCAUGACUGUCCAAGGUGUGAUAGUCACAUGAGAGUACUCAUUACUGCAGAUGUCAUCUGACUCAUCAGAAAAAAUCUGCUUAAAAGAAAAUAUCCUUAUGACCACAUCCAUUUCUUUAUUGAAUGGCUUGAUGGAUUUCCUUUACUCUGAUUCAUACCAAAGUCAUCCUGGUCAACCAAAGCAAGAAAGGAUCCUGCAUGAGUCAACCCCAGAAUGCCACUUUUGUAUUGCCAGCAGGGGAAGAAAACCUCAUGAGUAUCAAUCACAAAGACUCAGAGAGCAUCACUGAGCUGCUUUUGUCUGUAUACCUUUUAAACACCUGACAACAGUACCUGGCACAUAAGAGGCUCUCGGGACAUACAGGAUAUACAAACACAGAUGUCUGCUCCAAUGAGGAUCUCCCUGAAGUGGAGCUGGUGAGUCUGCUAGAAGAACAGCUACCCCAGUAUAAGCUAAGAGUGGACUCCCUCUUUCUAUAUGAAAAUCAAGACUGGACUCGGUCCCCCCACCAGCAGCAACAUGCAUCUGAUGCCCUGUCUCCGGUCCUUGCUGAAGAGACUUUCCGUUAUAUGAGCACAGUGCAAGCUUACUUCUCCACUCGCUCCUUCCAGGAGGAACCCCACAGGCUGGUCCCUGGCGACUGGCAGGCACAAGACCAAUUACGUACCAGGAAAUGAGGGGAGGAGAGAACAGCCUUCCUCUCUCCACAUCUUGUCCCUGAGGCUGUGGGAGGCUACAGCAGUAAACACCUAUUGUUCUAGGCACAGACAGGGUGGAACAGAUGACCAAAACUUACAAUGAUGUCGACAUGGUUACACAUCUCCUAGCAGAGAGGGAUCGAGAUCUGGAGCUAGCUGCUCGAAUUGGACAAGCUCUCUUAAAGCGGAACCAUGUCUUGUCUGAGCAGAAUGAAGCCCUGGAGGAGCAACUGGGACAAGCCUUUGAUCAAGUUAAUCAACUGCAGCAUGAGCUGUCCAAGAAAGAUGAGUUACUUCGAAUUGUCUCCAUUGCUUCUGAAGAGAGUGAAACGGAUUCCAGCUGUUCUACACCUCUCCGAUUCAAUGAGUCCUUUAGCUUAUCUCAGGGUUUGCUGCAGUUGGACAUGCUGCAGGAAAAGCUUAAAGAACUGGAAGAAGAAAAUAUGGCUCUUCGAUCCAAGGCUUGUCACAUAAAGACAGAAACUGUUACCUAUGAAGAGAAGGAACAACAGCUUGUCAAUGAUUGUGUUAAAGAACUUCGUGAAACAAAUGCUCAGAUGUCCAGAAUGACUGAAGAAUUAUCUGGGAAGAGUGAUGAACUGAUUCGAUACCAAGAAGAGAUCUCCUCUCUUUUGUCUCAGAUGGUAGAUCUUCAGUACAAACUUAAAGAACAUGUAAUUGAGAAGGAGGAACUGAGACUUCACCUACAAGCUUCCAAAGAUGCCCAAAGACAACUAACAAUGGAGCUGCAUGAGUUACAAGACAGGAAUGUAGAGUGUCUGGGAAUGUUACAUGAAUCCCAAGAAGAAAUAAAGGAACUUCGUAGUAGAUCUGGCCCUGCUGCUCAUCUCUACGUAUCCCAGUCAUACGGAGUUUUUUCUGGGGAAUCUCUGGCAGCUGAGAUUGAGGGGACCAUGCGUAAAAAGUUGAGUUUAGAUGAGGAGUCUUCUCUCUUUAAACAAAAAGCCCAACAGAAACGGAUAUUUGAUACUGUCAAGAUUGCCAAUGACACACGGGGCCGCUCUGUCCCAUUCCCAGCUUUGCUACCCAUUCCAGGCUCCAACCAUUCAAGUGUCAUCAUGACAGCGAAACCUUUUGAGUCUGGUUUGCAACAGACAGAAGACAAAACACUCCCAAACCAGGGGAGCAACUCAGAGAGGGUUCCAGGGAACAGUCAGAAGAUGGACCAAGCAGUGCCCUCUGGUGAAGGUGAUUUGGCUACAGCACUGCAUCGCCUUAGCCUGCGGCGACAGAACUACUUAAGUGAGAAGCAGUUUUUUGCUGAAGAAUGGGAGCGGAAGAUACAGGGUCUGGCUGACCAGAAGGAAGGGGUUAGCGGCUGUGGCACCCCCACAGAGAGCCUUGCCUCUCUCUGCACCAACCAGUCGGAGAUCCCAGACAGCGGUGCCAGUUGCCUUCGAGGUUUUAUGCCUGAAAAAUUACAAAUUGUCAAACCCCUUGAAGGAUCACAAACUCUGCACCACUGGCAGCAGCUUGCCCAACCCAAUUUGGGAACCAUUCUUGACCCACGACCAGGUGUCAUCACAAAAGGCUUUCCCCAGUUGCCCAAGGAUGCCAUCUAUCACCUCUCAGAUUUGGAAGAGGAUGAAGAGGAAGGUAUCACUUUUCUGGUUCAGCAACCUCCUCAAGUGGAACAGGAACCUUCAGCACCCAAGCCAGUAACAGGAAUCUUCCUACCACCCAUUACUUCAGCUGGUGGUCCAGUUACAGUUGCAACAUCAAACCCAGGAAAGUGUCUGUCAUGCACAAACUCAACAUUCACCUUUACCACCUGUAGGAUAUUACAUCCCUCUGAUAUCACUCAGGUCACCCCCAGCUCUGGGUUCCCUUCACUGUCCUGUGGAAGUAGUGGCAGCAGUUCAUCAAACACAGCAGUGAAUUCUCCUGCUGUGUCCUACAGGCUCAGCAUCAGUGCAUCGAUCACCAACCGACGAGAUUCUACUACAACCUUCAGUAGCACCAUGAGCUUGGCCAAACUUCUGCAAGAGCGGGGCAUCUCUGCUAACGUGUACCAUAGCCCAGUUACAGAGAACCCGCUCCUGCAGCCUCUCCCUAAAGCCCUGGCCGUCCCUUCCACACCACCAAAUUCACCAUCUCAUUCACCUUGCUCUUCUCCUUUGCCCUUUGAGCCUAGAGUGCAUCUCUCUGAAAAUUUUUUGGCCUCUCGACCAGCUGAAACAUUCCUCCAGGAGAUGUAUGGUUUGAGACCUUCCCGGAAUCUUCCUGAUGUUGGCCAGUUAAAGAUGAACUUAGUGGACAGGCUGAAGAGAUUGGGGAUAGCCAGAGUGAUCAAGACCCCUGAGACACAGGAAAAUGGAAGAAGCCACAAGGCAGAAAUUGGUCUUCAAAGACCAGAAUCUGCUGUCUAUUUAAAUUCAGGUAGUAAUUUAUUGAGUGGACUGAGGAGGAAUCAAAGUCUUCCUGUCAUGAUGGGUAGCUUUAGCACCCCAGUUUGCACAUCCUCGCCCAAAAUGGAUAACCUGAAGGAGGACUGAGGUUCAGCCGUUAACUGACCUCUUACACAGAUUAAGCACAUGAAGAAUAGAUUUGCACUGAAACGUAGUCGGGUCUGACUGAGAGAAACAGAAUGUUGCAGAAGGGUUGUGAAUGUGGGAGGGGCAAGUGGGAGAAUGGAAACCAAUGGGAUGGGGCCCUAAAGAAUGAGGUCUUAAAAGUCAAAAGUAUAAAUUGAUUGGUCAGGAGUAUUUGGAGGCAGAAGAGGAAGUAAGGUUUAAUACACUCCCUCAAUUGGGUUUUCUUUCUUAAAAAGUGACUAGAAAAUAAAUUCAGUAAUACUGAAACAUAUCAGAAAUACUGAACUUGCUAGCACCUUUACUCUGGUAAGUAUAAGCAGGAAGAACCCAGGUUAGGAGAGAAAGAGAGAAGGAGCAGCUUUGACUGUUGCCUAUACAAAGUUAUUCUGGGGAGUUGCAGGGGUAAGCUCAGUCUCUUACCAAGACACCAGUGAGAUGGCGUUUAUGCUUGCCCCUGUUACUGUCUGAUUAAAUUACAUGCCGAUCAAAUGUAUGCAUACAGGUAUGCAUACAGCAUUAGCAAACAAGAAAUUGUAUCUUUUCCAUAAGAUCAGAAUAGUGGCGACUCCCUUUUUGCUUUCUUUCUGCAGGACUUUUUGAGCCAUUGGGAGCCCAAACCACCCAAAUUCCUUUUAUAUUUGUAAUUAAUAAAAGUUCAUUUUUCCAAUUUGUAUUUUUAUACAACAUCCCCCCAAAAACAACAUGACUUGGGGGGUAGGAAGGGUUUACUCUAAGAAGGAAAAUAUAGGUAAAUUGAAAUCAAGGAAAGUUGUUUCCAGAAUGUUUCUUCUGGGUAAGUGCAGUGGCCAAGGCAUAAGAAUAUAGUCACAUGUCUUUCAAAUUUCCUUGGAGGCUGGAAGGGGUUAAACCGUAAGUGCAAUCAGUAGGAAUUAGGGAAUGUUGUAUAUUUAUGUCCAUAAGUUUUUAUAAGGAAAGCUAUUUGCAAACUUUUUCCAAAGUGUGCUAUGCAUAUUUUUAAUGAAAGAUGACCUGUAUUUGCACAAAAAUUCUCAGGCACAUUAAAUUAUUAUAAGCUGAAGUAAAACCCAGGUGCUUGAUUUUAGAUUGCAGGGGGGUCGGGUUUAAUAAAGUCAAAACAUCUGCCUUUUUCUUGCUAUCUGUAAAAUCAAAAAAUGAACUUCUAAAUGGGCAAGUCAAAGCUUUUGCUUUACUCUAGGGUUCCUUUUUUUUUUAAACAAACAGUGUGAAAUGGCAAAAGGGAAACUCAAGGAUUAUGUGUCAGCAUUCAGCAGUGUGAUACAAGGCUGUGAAUUGGGAAGAAACAGAUCUGUUUUCUGUGUGUUGCUGAUCAAGGUCUGCUCCUCAUCUGAUGGCAUGGCUUUAUCUAAGCAAUACAGUUUGGAAAGAAAUACCAUUAUAUUAAAAGCAUUGUGGAGAGAAGAUAAGGAAGGAGGCUAAUUAUUUUGUUUUUGAAAAUGGGAGGCAUAUUACUUGAUCUUUUUUGGUGCUCAGUUUGUGACUGUUUUACCCCUUUGUUCUGACUUAAUUGAAAGGCUUUUUUAAAAAUUCUAGAUGCGAUCCUUGCUUCUUUGGUUACCUUUGAUACACAUAUCCUCAGGCUAGAAGAGGGUCCUUCCUCCUCUUGAGGUGCCUUUCCUACAUGAAGAGCUGUGUGCUCAAAGGGGUAGAAAAACCAACAUGCACACAAUGGUAAGAAUGUGAGUUUUCCAUGCUUUUUAGAAUCUUUCAAUAAUACUUUCUAAGUAAAUUUCUUAAAAGCAAAAAGUAAAAGUGUCCUCUCUCCAUUCUCUCCCCUUGCUCAGUCAUGCUGAGAUUGCAAACCAUACACAUACAUGUUUUGCAAGGAUUCCACCAGGUCUAUUAGUGAAAUGUAAGUGUCCCAGAAGAAUUACUGAUGUUUAAAUUUCCAAAAUAUUCCAAUUCACUUUUUUCAAAAUGGCAUCUGAGAUUUUACUUCAUAAGUAAAUCUGAGGUGCUUAUUUUAGCCAACUCGUAAAGCUUUCUAUUUAUUCUCUGAGAAAGUAAGCUUCCUAUUGCCAGUGUCCAAAAAACAUCCAGAGUGGGAAAACACCAGGCCAGAGAGCAGUACUAAAUGUUAAAUUUCAGAUUUAGGUAUAUUACAUAAAUAGCUAAAAAUUAAGCUAGAUUUGAGUGUUCUUUAUAAUUAAUAUACUUUUUUAUAACAUAUGUUAGAACGAUCACUUUGGAGGCAGGACAAGGAAGGACCUAAUCACAGCAAAAUGAGCACAUCUGAUUAAAGAAAACCAGACUUAAGUUUUUGAAAUUUAGAUUGAUGUUGCUGUUCCACCAGAAACACAAGAAUUGCAUAUGGCACAUGCUUAUCUCUAGAAAUGAAUCCUGUUUCGAAAUUGGGUUUUGCAGUUUUUGAAGUUUGCACUUAAUUUUUGGUACAGCCUGAGAAUCUCUAUUAUAACAAAAUUGUGUUCAAAGUAUAGUAAGAAGAACUGGAGCCUUGUAGCAAGUUCCUUCUCAGCUUAUCUGUUCUGCUUUAGUACUUGUUGACAUUUUAGUUUUUCUGUAUCAGCUAUAUAUGUACUUUUAUGCUAGUAUAGGAAAUUCUAAUUUUUUUUCUCCUUCGAGAAGGUUCUCAGUGAUAUACCUCAGGUAUUUCUGAGUAUCCUAUUAUCUAGUAGGAAGGGUACCUUUGAGAGCACAGAAUUAAAAGUUCUCCUGAAUUAUGAAGAUCCCAAAUGUUAUGUAAACAGUCUUAGACCUAGGUCUUAGGGAGAUAUUAAUGACCAUUGUUAACAGUUUUUUAAAAGUUUUUUUACUGUAUAUCCUUGACUGACAUAAAUGAACAGACUCUGGCAAAGGGAAGAAAUAAGAGGCAGCUCACAACAUGAGCCUAUUCUUUGUAAAAGGUGUAUUUUAUAUAGUAUUCAAAGCCUAUUAUUUUUUUCUGACCAUCCUAGUUCAUGAUUACUACUUGUAGGUUGCUAACACUGACUUUUCAACAUCUGUAACUAGAGAUCUCAGUGUUUAAUGGUUCACCUCUUUGAUGUCAGAUGCCUGCAGGCCUAUACUCCAGCUGACACAAGACAGUGCCCACCCCGAGUGGCAGCACUGCAGAGCACAGCUCCCUAGGAGUGGCAUAACGGCUCCUGGGGUAGCAGGGAAAUGCUGUUGUUUGAUAUCUGGGGCUUGACUUUGUCAAACAGCUCUUUGUGCACCUACUUUUUCUUUGUCAAGUGUAGAUCAGAUAAUAAACAUGAGUAUCUUCUUAAAUUUU